AACUUCACCAACACAUUUUACCCUUAUUCCCCAACCUAUCUCUCUCUCGUGUAACCCGUUGACUUUUUAUGCCGUUAGAACCCCACAAAUCACAUUUUUAUUCUCUCAAUUCCCGUGGCUUUACCGAACAACAACUCCUCCGACCGAUUCCAAUCGAUCUCCAUUUUCCCGUUUCUUUCUUCUAGCUAGGAGAUGAACUCCAAUACCACCAAUUCAGACUCCGGUGGAGGCUUCGGCAACAAUAUAGGCAGUUUUGGCUACGGCGUUGGAGUUUCUGUUGGGAUCUUGUUGCUCAUCACAACCAUCACCUUGGCGUCCUAUUUCUGUACCACCAGGACCCCACCACCGCAAUCUCAGUCGACCCGGAGGAGGAGUAGAUUAACCUCUCCUGGUGAUCGCCACGGCCGAGAGCCUCCCGAUGAUGAUGAUCCGCAUAGCUAUGUUGUCGAUGUGGGACUCGAGGACGAUGUCAUAAAGAGUUACCCGACGCUGCUGUACUCCGAGGCAAACCUUCCGAAAAAAGAUUCCGUUGCCACGUGCUGCUCUAUAUGCUUGGCGGAUUACAAGAGUUCGGAUAAGCUGAGGAUGUUGCCGGACUGCAAUCACCUCUUCCACCUAAAGUGUAUUGACCCGUGGCUGAGGUUGCACCCCACCUGUCCCCUUUGCCGGACGUCGCCGCUUCCAACUCCUCUCUCGACGCCGCUAGCUGAGGUGGUUCCCUUGGCUAGCCGGCGGGAUUGACGGUCAAUCUCUUUCUGCAUUCUUCGGUCAGAUGUAAAUUAAAUUUUUCACAUGUUACUGUAAUUGACUAGUUGGAGGCUUGGAGCUCUUUCUAUAAAUUCUUUUUCUACAUUUUUUUUAGUAUGAAAAUUGGAAUCGUAAUUAAUUGUAACAUUAAUUUUGUGAUUGAUAUAUAGGGGCGACCAAUAAAAUUAAAGAAAUGGA